AUGGGCAAGGCACAAAGCAAAUUGAGCCCUGAGCAGCUUACUGAUCUCCAGAAAUGCACCUAUUUUGACAAGAAGGAACUCCAACAAUGGUAUAAAGGCUUUUUAAAAGAUUGUCCCAGUGGCCAACUGAACAAGACCGAGUUCCAAAAGAUCUACAAGCAGUUCUUUCCUUUCGGAGACCCAUCCCGCUUUGCAGACUAUGUAUUCAAUGUCUUUGACGGCGACAAGAAUGGGACGAUUGAUUUCAAGGAGUUUAUUUGUGCACUCUCCGUGACAAGUCGUGGCCAAGUGGACGAGAAAUUACAUUGGGCAUUUCAGCUUUACGACAUUGACAAUGAUGGGUUUAUCACCUACGAUGAAAUGUUGCAUAUCGUGGACGCGAUCUAUAAAAUGGUAGGCAGCAUGGUGAAAUUACCACCCGAUGAAGACACACCCGAGAAACGAGUCAACAAGAUCUUUGACAUGAUGGAUCAGGACAAGGAUGGAAGACUCACCAUGGAAGAAUUCCGAGAAGGGUCAAGGAAAGAUCCAACCAUCGUUCAAGCUUUGAAUUUGUAUGAUGGCCUUGUAUAG